GCAGAUCAGCUGUUGGUCGCUCCCUCCAGGAGGAAGUGAUGCAGGGAAAUGUCCAUAAUGUAGCCGCACUCAAUGACUAAAACGGGGAAGCACAAAGAAACUGGCCGCUUUAAGUCCGACCUGCUUUUUUAACUCGCUCCAAAGAGCGACCACAGCUAGGAAUGGAUUAAAAACGAAGCCCCGGGUGCUAGCACGUUACUUAUUUUGUUUUUAAAAGACUGAACGGGACUCGACAUCGAUGUGGAAGUUUUUUGUCAGCUGGAUGCUAGUUAGCUAGCAUUCCGAGUUAACGCGACGAGUUUGCCUCAGUUCGCUUCUCUUGGUUUUUUUCCGACCCAACUUAUUUAACUACUUUAUUUGAUGCUGGCAUCGCAGGGGUGAUGUGUGUGCAAACCGCACGCAGUAUAUUUUCACAAAAAGCACUGCAGAUGUCAAGGUCACAGUGAUGGAGCAGAACAGAGAGAUAAUGCCGUCUGAAGGACCGUCUGUGUUUUAGCUGUAGUCUUUUUGAGCCCCUGUAUCUUGGCAGAUUUGGCAAAGGCCUGAGGGUAUGUUGAGACGUCUUGCCAGGCCACAGCAGAGGCGUCUAGGCGGUUCGGACGGGGACUGACAGGGACGAGGGACGAGGGGGGGGGAAGACAUGGGCCAGUGUGUGACCAAGUGCAAGAAUCCCACGUCCUCGCUCGGCAGCAAGAGUGGCGACAAAGACGGCGGCUCCAAGUCCCACAAGAAAGGCGGCGGGGCCGGCGGCGGCGGCCACAAGGAGGAGCCCAGCGCCCCGUGUAGCAAAGCCACCAGCGAGCUGUCGAAUGGCACCAAGGCCUUCGAGGUGACGGUGGAGACGCCCGUCAUCCCCGCGCUGACGGGCGAGCCGCGCAAGGAGGAGCCUUCGGACGCCAACGGCCUGUCCAUGCUGCGCAUCGAGGAGCUCUUCUGCUGCUACAAGGACGAGCAGGAAGACGCCAUCCUGGAGGAAGGCAUGGAGAGGUUCUGCAACGACCUGUGCGUGGACCCCGCGGAGUUUCGUGUGCUCGUUCUCGCCUGGAAGUUUCAAGCGGCCACCAUGUGCAAGUUUACAAGGAAGGAGUUCGUGGACGGCUGUAAGGCCAUCCAGGCCGACAGCCUGGAGGGGAUCUACUCCCGCUUCCCCUGCAUGCUGCUGGAGGCGCAGGGCGAGGAGAACUUCAAGGACCUGUACCGCUUCACCUUCCAGUUCGGCCUGGACGCCGAGGAGGGCCAGCGCUCGCUGCAGCGGGACAUCGCCAUCGCCCUGUGGCGGCUGGUUUUCACGCAGGACAUGCCCGCCAUCCUGGAGCACUGGCUGGACUUCCUGGCGGAGAACCCGUCGGGCGUGCGGGGCAUCUCCAGAGACACGUGGAACAUGUUCCUCAACUUCACCCAGGCCAUCGGGCCCGACCUGAGCAACUACAGCGAGGACGAGGCGUGGCCCAGCCUCUUCGACACCUUCGUGGAGUGGGAGCUGGAGCGCCGGAAAAAGGAGGAGGAGGCGCAGGCGGUGGUGGCGCCGCCGCAGGACGAGGGGGGGAGGUGUACCGAGACGGAGUGCUCUCCCACCACGGACAGACUGGAAACAGAGGGAAGCCGCGGCUCACAGACGUGGGGGGGCCACUGACCAGAAGACACGCGCUGUUGGGGAGGGAGGGAGGGAAGGAAAUGACCUCUACGUGAACUGUGCGUCUGUGAAUCAUUGGAUGGACACUAGUAUUACCAUUACAGCUCUUCAUUUGGCUCUCCUUGUUUUUCUGUUGGGGUGGGAUUUCUGCUUUGUGACCUUUUUAUUUGGUUUUUCAAAAGGGCUCUGAGAACUGUUGUGUUUCAAGCACUUCUAUUUAAGUUAUUGUUUUACUUUCCUCCUUCCAUUUGUUUUUUUGUUUUUUUUAAUUUUUUCCUCCAUUAAUUGGACUCGUGGUCCAUUUUUAUUGUACAUCUACCUACUGUGACCCAGCAGUCAGCUCCCCUGAAGCUCGCUUUAUGAAGCCGGGCUUCAGAAAGCCAUUAACGGUUUUUAUCCUGGAAACACUGCUAAUAUCAUGGUUUCAAAACGAAGAAGGGAAGUUUAGGCAGCCUGUCUGAAACGUACCGUUUGCCUCGCGCUCGGUGAGAUUUGUCUGGAUUGGAUUUAUCGCGGCCCGUUUGCAUCUUGCAGUGCCGGGAGAGUGAAGUGUUCGACAGUAAUCGGCUACAGUUCUGUCUCAAGGGCAUUCCCUUUUAAAACAAACAAAAUAAUUCAAAUGGCUCCUCCUGUACUCAGUUUAUCAAGCGUUUAAAAGUUCAUUUGAAGUCUGACCUGGUUUCCUUGGCGACAGCCCCGCCCUCUCUUCUGUGUUGAGUGAUUUUUGAGUGCUACUCCUGCAGUGGGCUUGUUCAAGCAGCCGCUGCGCUCCCUCUCUGACCUCUGCCAUCCACUGUUCUCAUGUCCACCUAUUUUCAAUAAGCAGUUAAAGUGCAAACAGCAAUGAUUUUGGGGCUUUAUUUUUGUUUGUUUUGUUUUUUAUCAGCUGCCUCUUCGACGUCACUUUUGAAAAUCUGUAAAUGCGAGAAAGAAAUGAGCUCCGGCUCAGUCGUUUCUGCCUAAACCUGCGUCACAUUCAGGACCAUUAACACUGGGCACCAUGUGAAGCUGACAUAUUGUUUACCUUCAGGAGAUUUGAGUCUUCACAUCCUUGAACUGCUUAUACAAGAAAAAUAAUAAGAAAAAAAAACCCCGUGUGUGCACACUUCACAGUGUUGAUGCUGCUGGUGAUGGUUGUAAUGAAUUGCACAAAAACCAAUAGCAUGCUAAUUUGCUAUACUUGGAAAACGCUUUGCAGAGAGAUUGAUGUCAAGCUCAUUACUAUCCAUUAGAAACCCUUUUUUUUUCCAGACUGUAAAUUGAUUUUGAAGGUGUAGCCUCUGGUGUUUUGGGAGAAGUGACUGAGCGAUGAUUAGUCACGCUGGUUAAUCGCCGGCCUGUGUAAGAGGGUGGCCACAGCCUGAUCCGUUUGGUUUACAGCCGCAGUGGUUUUAUUUCAGAUCCCCCUUUGCCCUUUUUAUAAUAAAAAAAAAAAUGUAUUGAUUUAUAAUAAAUAAAAAACAGUGUUGAAUUUU